UGAUGCUCGUCUCGUGGAGUGUGAUGUGGAUUGUGGGUCUGAUCUGUUACUCGGACUGCACGUGCUCGCACACAUCGUUCUAUAAGAGCUGCUGGAUCCGCAGGUAUCCGGGUGUCGAUGUGGAUGUGGAGGAAUCUCAGCGCAGAGGAGCUCACAUCUUAAAGACUUAUCACGAGGACACCGCGAGCAAAUGCAGCAGAAGCUGUUGUACCACACACAACUUCUCGUGCGGUCUGGCUGUGUUUCACUAUAACACAACUGAAGACAGCGUGAACUGCUUUCACCUGAACUGCUCAAACCCUGACAUCUGCGUUCUACACCACCGAAGAAAUGUCAUUCUCUAUCAUGUGACCAAAGGUGUGGAUCCUGAUCUGUUGGUGUUCGGGAAACACUUCACAACCAACGUGCGUGUUCUCCCUCACCUGUCCUCCUCACGCCUCAACCUUUCAGAACCUUUGACCUCCGACAAGCGUCACUUCAACCAUCCGCCCGUCAGAUCGAUCAGCCCCACCUCCACCAGCACGACAAAACCCACGACUGGAGCUCUUUCCACAACACACAGCAUCCACAAUCACCUCACAAGAUGUGCAACACGACCUCCAUCUAUUAUUCUCACCGCUUUGCUGCCCAAAACAGACAGUCAACCUCCUGCAACACAACCGACAAACUCUACGACUGUGCAACUUUACACAACCGUUGAUUUCAUUCAUACUACCACAACCGGGUCGAGCUCCACCACACCUUCCGGGAUCCUCCUAACCAAUGAUGCUCAGUCGUCCUCUACAUCCGGCUCUUUAUCCACACAACAAACUCACACUCGAAGUGACACAGUCACAAAGACUACAAACUCAGAGACGACACCGUACAUCACUGAGCUCUCCACAACUAACCGACAAGAGUCUUCACAAACGACAUCACCGCGAGCAGAGAUGACACGAGCACCAUCAUCCUCCAAAUCCCUCACGACCCUGAAGUCUCUUACAGCUCUCCAAACAAACACACCUCCACACACCACCAUUCAAAUAACCACCACGUUUCAAACAACUUCACAAAGCCAAGAAACCACAACCGCCAGCAGCUCCACGAUCUCAACAUCCACCCGACGCACCGACCGCAACCGGACGAGCGAUUCGACGACCAGCAGCAGGGCGGACAGUCAGCCGUACCCCAACGACACCAAGGGCUACGUCAGUCGGAACAUCAGCGUGGAUGACGGCGGAAGUUUGACUUCUGUGUGGCGUUUGGCGGCUAACACGGUUCUGGUGGUUUUGGGCACGUGUGCAAGCGUCACGUUGGGGUGCUGUUGUUCUGUGUAUGCGGCUCUGAGCUGGAGAGGACGCUGGAGGAGGAAGGGAAGAUACCGCACCAACCUGAGGGGCAAGAGAGGCUCCAUGAAACUCAUCAAAUAUGUCAUCGUGAGAGAGAGCUCGUAGCUGAUGGCCUUUAUUAGAUGCUGCUGAGAUAGAUCUUCACAUCAUGAUUCAGUGCCAUACAUGAACUAGAUGAAGAAACUUAACUGAAGAACUAUAUUCAUGCUACUGAACGUUUGGACAGCGUUCGGGUCGGGAGAGCACCCGAAAGGCUCCCUAGGUAGUGUACUUCACUAUUCAAAAUAAAGGUGCUACUAAAGGUUCUUCAAAACGAUCCCUUACAAGCAAGACGUUUGUUCAAGUGAGCUUUUAGUGUACUUCUGUUAAACUAAAAAACAAGAAUGUGUGCUUUGUGUAUUAGAAAUAUACUCAAACCAGACUGAAGUAUACUUAUACUAACAGAAAAGUGUAUUUGGUGUAUACUUAUGGAGAUGGAGAUAUACUUAAAGGGACAGUUCAACCCAAAUGAAAAUCCUAUCAUGAAUUUCUCAAGUUCUU